AUGGAUGAGGCAGAGCAGGACCAGCAUGAGGCCCGACUCAAGGAGCUGUUUGACAGUUUUGACACGACGGGCACCGGGUCCCUGGGACAGGAGGAACUCACCGACCUCUGCCACAUGUUGAGCUUGGAGGAGGUGGCCCCAGUGCUGCAGGAGACGCUGCUUCAGGACAACCUCCUGGGCCGGGUGCAUUUUGACCAGUUUAAAGAAGCAUUAAUACUUAUCUUGUCUAGAACUCUAUCAAAUGAAGAGCACUUUCAAGAACCAGCAUCUGUGGGUGUCAGCUGCCAACAAGCAGCUCGGGUGUCUGGGCCGCUCCUGAAUGCUCACAAGCUGACACACACUCUUCUGAUAAAAGACUGCACUCUCGAAGCUCAGCCCAAGUAUGUUAGAGGUGGGAAGCGUUAUGGACGCAGAUCUUUACCUGAAUUUCAAGGAUCCGUGGAGGAAUUUGCAGAGGUGACCGUCAUUGAGCCACUUGAUGAAGAAGCACAGCCUUCACACAUCCCAGCCAGUGAGCGCAGCGAGCACUGGAAGACGCAGCGCAGUGAGGAGUAUGAAGCAGAAGGCCAGUUAAGAUUUUGGAACCCAGAUGAUUUGAAAGCCUCACAGAGUGGGUCUUUGGCUCCCCAAGACUGGAUAGAAGAGAAACUGCAGGAGGUUUGUGAAGAUUUGGGGAUCACUCGUGAUGGUCACCUAAACCGAAAGAAGCUGGUCUCCAUCUGCGAGCAGUAUGGUUUGCAGAAUGUCGAUGGAGAGAUGCUUGAAGAAGUCUUCCAUAAUCUUGAUCCUGAUGGUAUGAUGAGUGUAGAAGAUUUUUUCUAUGGCUUGUUCAAAAAUGGAAAACCUCUUACACCAUCAGCAUCUACCCCAUAUAGACAAUUGAAAAGGCACAUCUCCAUGCAGUCUUUUGAUGAGAGUGGACGACGGACCACAGCCCCAUCUGCAAUGAUGAGUACCAUUGGUUUUCGGGUCUUCUCCUGCCUGGAUGAUGGGAUGGGCUAUGCAUCAGUGGAGAGAAUACUUGACACCUGGCAGGAAGAAGGCAUUGAGAACAGCCAGGAGAUCCUGAAGGCCUUGGAUUUUAGCCUUGAUGGAAAUGUCAACUUGACAGAGUUGACACUGGCUCUUGAAAACGAACUUUUGGUCACCAAGAACAGCAUUCACCAGGCAGCUCUGGCCAGUUUUAAGGCUGAGAUUCGGCAUUUGCUGGAGCGAGUUGAUCAGAUGCUCAGAGAAAAGGAGAAGCUCCGGUCUGAUCUGGACAAAGCCGAAAAGCUGAAGUCUCUGAUGGCCUCAGAGGUGGACGACCACCACGCAGCCAUAGAGCGGCGGAACGAGCACAACCUCAGGAAACUGGAUGAAGAGUACAGGGAGCGAAUAGCAGCCUUAAAGAAUGAGUUCCGAAAGGAGAGAGAGCAGAUCCUGCAGCAGGUGGGCAAGCAGCGUAUGGAACUUGAGCAAGAAAUCGAAAAGGCAAAAACAGAAGAGAAUUACAUCCGGGACCGCCUCGCACUCUCUUUAAAGGAAAACAGUCGUCUAGAAAAUGAGCUUCUGGAGAAUACAGAGAAGUUGGCAGAAUAUGAGAGUCUGACAAACAAACUUCAGCGAAAUUUGGAAAAUGUUUUGGCAGAAAAGUUUGGUGACCUUGAUCCCAACAGUGCUGAAUUCUUCAUGCAAGAAGAAAGGCUGACGCAGAUGAGAAAUGAAUAUGAGCAGCAGUGCCGGCUAUUACAAGACCAAGUAGACGAACUCCAGUCUGAACUGCAAGAAUAUCGUACACAAGGCAAAGUGUUCAGGCUUCCCUUGAAGAACUCACUGUCAGAAGAACUUGAUAUUAACAGUGGUUGCAUCGAGCCUGACCAGGGGCUUGGUUCUGAAGAAUGCAAUCCACUGAAUAUGAGCAUCGAGGCAGAGCUGGUCAUCGAACAGAUGAAAGAACAACAUCACAGGGACUUGUGUCACCUAAGACUGGAGCUUGAAGAUAAAGUGAACUAUUAUGAAAAGCAGCUAGAUGAAACCAAAGUUGCCUUUGAAAAGGAGCAGGAAAACAUGAAGCUCAAGUGUGAGAAUGAAGUACACAUCUUAGAAGAACAAAUAAGUGACCUUAAAAAUAAGAUUGCAGAACUUCAGGGCCAGACAGAGCUACUCAAGCAGGCACAACACAUGGCUAUCUGCAGACAUGAGGAGGAAAAAAAACAGCUGCAAAUGAAGUGGGAUGAGGAAAAGGCUCACGUGCAGGAGGAGCUGCGGCUGGAACAUGAGAUGGCACUCAGGGCUAGGCUGGAGCAGGUGGAGGAAGGCUUUAACAGAGAGAGGGAAAAACUCAUUCAAAAUGGCGCCUGGACAGAGGAGAAGGUGAGGGGCUUGACUCAGAAACUAGAACAAGUUCACCAGGAGCAGCUGAAAAGCCUGGUGGAGAAACACAUUCUUGAGAAAGAGGAAUUGCAAAAAGAGCUCUUGGAAAAACACCAAAGGGAACUACAUGAGGGAAGGGAAAAAAUGGAAACUGAGUGUAAUAGAAGAACCUCUCAGAUAGAAGCCCAGUUUCAGGCCGACUGUCAGAAAGUCACUGAGAGAUAUGAACACGCCCUGCGGAGUUUGGAGGCGCACUACCGCCAACAGCUGAAGGAGCUCCUGGACCAACAAUGUGAGGAGAGGUCCCAGUGGGAGUUUGAGAAGGACGAGCUCACCCAGGAAUGUGCGGAAGUCCAGGAGCAGCUUAAAGAGACUCUCCAGAGGGAGAAAACAACCUCUUUGGUCCUCACCCAGGAGAGAGAGAUGCUGGAGAAAACAUACAAGGAGCAUUUGAAUAGUAUGGUUGUAGAGAGAGAGCAGCUACUACGGGACCUGGAAGAUCUGAGAAACGUGUCUGAAAGUCAGCAAAGUCUCCUGUCCAACCAGAUACUUGAGCUGAAGGGCAGUCAUGAAAGAGAGCUGAAGGACCAUGAGCAGGUCCUGUGCCAGGCAGGCACCUCAGAGCAGCUGGUCAGCCAGAGGCUUGAACAGCUGCAAAGGGAACAUGACCAGGAGAGGCAGGAAAUGAUGUCCAAGCUUCUGGUCAUGGAGAGUGUCCACAGAGCAACCUGUGAGAAAGCAGAUCGAGAGAGGGCUGAGAUGAGCACAGAAAUCUCCAGGCUCCAGAAUAAAAUCAAGGAGAUGGAGCAGGUAGUGUCUCCUCCCUCCAGGCUUCAGAAUAGCUGUCAGGUGAUAGGAGGGGAGGAGGCAGAAGAAAAUGGCACCAUGUCCCUGCUUCAGCAAGGAGAACAGCUGUUGGAAGAGAAUGGAGAUGUUCUCUUAAGCCUGCAAAGAGCCCAUGAACGAGCAGUGAAGGAAAAUGUGAAAAUGGCAACUGAAAUUUCUAGGUUGCAGCAGAGGCUGCACAAAUUAGAACCAGAGUCAAUAAUGUCUCCUUGUUUAGAUGAACCAGCUUCUGGGCUCUUUGGAAAUUCAGUGGAACAAACAGAGCCAUUUUUACAGUCAAACCGAAUCAAACAAGCAGAAGGUGGAACCACGCAGCAUGUUCUCAGUGACCUACAAGGCGAUGAGGUCCGUGACCUCGAAAGUACAGGGACGAGCUCUGGUCAGAGACAGGUCAGAGUGGAGGAGUCUGAAGCAUCAAUAGAGAGUUUUUCCGAGCUUGAAAAUAGUGAGGAGACCAGAACUGAAACCUGGGACCUGAAGAAUCAGGUCAGCCAGCUUCGGGAACAGUUAAUGAUCUUACGUGCAGACUGUGAUCGAGCGUCUGAAAAGAAACAGGACCUACUGUUUGAUGUUUCUGUGCUAAAAAAGAAACUGAAGAUGCUUGAAAGAAUUCCUGAGGCUUCCCCCAAGUAUAAACUGUUAUACGAAGAUGCCAGUAGAGAAAAUGAAUAUCUUCAGGAAGAGUUGAGGAUGAUGGAGAAGCGCUACGAGGAAGCACUAGAAAGUAACAAAGAGCUCACUUCAGAAAUGUUCAGAUUACAGGAUGAGCUAAAGAAGGUUGAAGAAAUGACUGACACAUUCCUUAGCCUGGAAAAGAGUUACAAUGAGAUCAAAAGAGAAAAUGAGGAACUGCAUGUUCUGGUUUUGAGACUUCAAGGCAAGAUGGAGAAGCUACGAGAAAGAGCAGCAGUGCAGUGUGACUGCUUCUCCUUAUGGGAAGCCCGUUUAGAUAACCUGGAAGUCGGACCUGAUGCGAAGGUCUUUGAACUAAACCAAACACUGGAUGAGCGUGUACCAAAUGUUAUGAGUGUGCACCAUAUUAUAGAAGAACAUUUGUAUCAAGAAAACCAGUACCUAGAACAGGAGAAUACACAGCUCUUAGAGAAAGUAAAAGCACAUGAAAUUGCCUGGCUACAUGGAACACUCCAGACACAUCGAGACAAGCCUGGAGCACAGAACCGAGUUAUACUGGAGGAAAACACUGCUCUCCUCGGCCUUCAAGACAAGCAUUUUCAGCACCAGGCCACCAUCGCAGAGUUAGAACGGGAGAAAAAAAAGCUGCAGGAGCUGACUAGAAAGUUGAGGGAAAGAGUCACUGCUUUAGUCAAGCAAAAAGAUGUACCUUCUCAAGGAGAAAAGGAGGAAGAGCUGAAGGCAAUGAUGCAUGACCUGCAAAUCACAUGCAGUGAGAUGCAGCAGAAAGUUGAGCUUCUGAGAUAUGAAUCUGAGAAGCUUCAAGAGGAAAAUUCUAUUUUGAGAAGUGAAAUUACUACUUUAAAUGAAGAAGACAGCAUUUCUAACCUGAAAUUAGGGAAAUUAAGUGGAUCUGAGGAAGAAAUGUGGCAAAAAAUAGAAACUGUAAAACAGGAAAAAGCUGCAGUUCAGAAGAUGGUUGAAAAUUUAAAGAAACAGAUUUCAGAAUUAAAAACCAAAAACCAGCAGUUGGAUUUGGAAAAUAUGGAGCUUAGCCAAAAGAACUCUCAGAAUCAGAAAGAGCUGCAAGAACUUAAUCAACGUCUGGCAGAAAUGCUAAGCCAGAAGGACAAAGAGCCAGGACACAGUACAUGUGAGGAAUGGGAACAAGAAAAGUCUAAUCUCAAAGAAGAACUGGAACACUGUAAAUUGCAGUCUUCCACUUUAGUGUCUUCUUUGGAGGCAGAACUUUCUGAAGUUAAAAUACAGACUCACAUCGUGGAACAGGAAAACCUCCUUCUCAAAGAUGAACUGGAGAAAGUGAAACAACUCUGCAGAUGUCCUGAUCUCUCUGAUUUCCAGCAAAAAAUUUCUAAUAUUCUAAGCCACAAUGAAAAACUGCUGAAAGAAAAGGAAGCUCUAAGUGAAGAAUUAAAUAUCUGUGUUGAUAAGUUGGCAAAAUCAAGUCUUUUAGAGCACAGAAUUGCUACUAUGAAGCAAGAACAGAAGUCUUGGGAACACCAGAGUGAAAGCUUAAAGUCACAACUAGUGGCUUCACAGGAAAAGGUUCAGAAUUUAGAAGACACUCUUCAGAAUGUAAACCUACAAAUGUCCCGAAUUAAAUCUGAUCUACGAGUGACUCAGCAGGAAAAGGAGGCUUUAAAGCAAGAAGUGAUGUCUCUACACAAGCAACUUCAGAAUGCCAGUGACAAGAACCGGGCCCCAGAAAUAGGCACCCAUCCAUCAGGAUUCCAUAACCAGCAGCAAAGGCUGUCCUGGGACAAGCUGGAUCACCUGAUAAAUGAGGAACAACAGCUACUUUGGCAAGAGAAUGAGAGAGUCCAAACCAUGGUACAGAAUACCAAACCAGAACUCAUACACUCCCGGGAGAAGGUCCAUCAGCUGGAAUCCAACCUUCCUUCUCCUAAGCACCAAAAACAUCUAAAUUCAUCAGGUACUGUGAAGCCCACAGAGCAGGAGAAGUUGAGCUUAAAGAGAGAAUGUGAACAGUUUCAAAAGGAGCGACCUCCUACUAACAGGAAGGCACACCUUGGAGAUAUUCUGGGUUCGGUUCCAGACAACCACAGUAAAGUUAGUCAGAUGAAAUCCCUUGAGCGAGAAUUAGAAACAAUUCAUUUGGAAAAUGAAGGCCUGAAAAAGAAACAAGUAAAACUGGAUGAACAGCUAAUGGAGAUGCAGCACCUGAGGUCCACUGUGAUGCUUAGCCCAUCCCCUCAUGCUUGGGAACUGCAACUGCUCCAGCAGCAAGCCUGUCCAGUGGUUCCCAGGGAGCAGUUUCUGCAGCUUCAGCAUCAGCUGCUGCAGGCAGAAAGGAUAAACCAGUGCCUGCAGGAGGAACUUGAAAAUAGGACUUCUGAAACCAACACACCACAGGGAAACCAGGAAUACCUGGUAACUGUCAUGGAGGAACGAAUGUUGGAAGUUGAACAGAAAUUGAAACUGGUGAAAAGGCUUCUUCAGGAGAAAGUGAAUCAGCUCAAAGAACAACUCUGCAAGAAUACUAAAGCAGAUGCAAUAGUGAAAGAUCUGUAUGUGGAAAAUGCCCAGUUGUUGAAAGCUCUGGAAAUGACUGAACAGCGACAAAAAACAGCAGAGAAGAAAAAUUACCUCCUAGAGGAGAAGAUUGCCAGCCUCAGUAAUAUAGUCAGGAAUCUGACACCAGCACCACUGACUUCUACACCUCCCUUGAGGUCAUAG